CACCUCCUCACUUCCAAGGUGACCAAGAAAAGAAGGAAUAAUGGUCAUGCCGAAAAGGGACGCGGCCGCGUGCAACCUAUUCGCUGCACCAGCUGUGCCGGAUGCGUGCCCAGGGAUAAGGCCAUUAAGAAGUCCGUCCUUCGGAACAUCGUAGAGGCCGCAGCCGUCGGAGACAUUUCCAAAGUGAGCAUUUUGGAAGCCUACGUGCUUCCCAAGCUGCGUGUGAAGCUGCAUUACUGCGCGAGCGGUGCCAUUCACAGCAACUUAGUCAGGAGUCGUUCUCGGGAAGUCCGGAAGCACCGAACAACACCUCCACCCCGAUUUAGACCUGCGGGUGCUGCCCCACGACCUCCGCCAAAGCCCAUGUAA